AAACAACAAGCCAUCAAUCUAGAAGUAAACCGGACUCGAGGCUCAUGAUCACCGCGUCAACCCAGCCGUAACUUCGCUCUCCCCUCCCCAUCCUCCGCUCGGCAUCCAUCUGUCUCGUUCCCGUCGAUGCCCAGCAACAUUGAGCGACCGUAUAGCAGAGCUGAGACCACGCCCUUCCGUGCAGGUGCUGGGAUCAGGACCAGGGUUGACUCGGGCAGUUCAUUCAGGGAGCCCAUCUAUAGGGAGAGCGCUAUCGCUCCCAGUUAUGUCCCGAACACUUACGUCCCGAACUACUCUCGUGUCUCGAGCUUCAGGUCCCCAGAGAUGGAGGUGCUGCUCUACUCACCAGAAGUUUCGUCAAUGGAAAUCGCCGCCUGGCCGGGGAGGACACGCGUCGUGCCUGCGUACGCGGAGCAGGACAUCGUCACGGGCAAGGUCCUCUUGAAUCGCAGCUGUCGAGCGGGACGGCUCACACUCACGGUAUGUUUCGGGCCCGUAUGCGCGUCGUCAUUGCCCUGCGCUGAUCAUUCCUGUGUUCGCCCAGCUCUCUGGUACCUUCACUUCCAUCCCGGGGUAAAGAACGUGGACAAGCUGGUGUCGAAUUCCGCUCCGGCCCAGAAGAAACGGCUCUUUUUCUCUACUUCCAAAGUCAUCGACGUCAUCUCAGAGUCGCGUGGAAGUACUCUUCUCCGACAGAGUCGAGCGGUGGAAGCGGAGACGCGCACAUUCCCAUUUGCAUUCGACCUGGGAAAAUGCCAGAAGCCGGGACACCUUUUACCCGCAUCGUUCUGCUCGUCGCUGGCUGCGUCCAUGGUGACCGAGGUGUCGUACGAGCUUUGUGUAUAUUGGGAGCCGUCCAAAGCGACGUUACCCAUCGCUCAGUUGAGCAUUCCAUUCCUUCUACAGCGAGAACCAGAAUUUCAAUCAGAAAAUGCUCCGCCACCGAAUUCUUGGAUCGAAAUCCCUCUCAAAUCUCACCGACCCGUUCCGGUCAAGUGCGCGGUUACCCUGCCAACCUCCUUGAACUUUUCCCGGUCGUCGAACAUACCCUUCUUUGUGGUAUUUACGACCUCUCCACGUUCAUCUCAUCUCGCACGUGAGAUCGCUACGGAUGCGACCGUGUCGGUGACGCUUACGAGCGAGUUCUUCUGCGCCGACGACCCUGGGCUGGCAGGACCUUCGAUGGCCCCGACGCACGCCCGCGACUCCAGCUCGGGCACAGAGCCGGGGACCUUCCAGAGCGAGUCCAGCAGCAUGAUGUCCGGCGCCGACUCGCGCUCGUCGCGCUUCAUCAAGCGAAUCCGAUCCUCCGCAUCGUUGUUCUCGUCGUCCAACUCGUCGUACUCGACCGCAGAGUCGCAGACAAGCACCAUGAUGAGCACGAAAACUAAGACACGGUCGAGGAUGGGCUCGGCGAAAGGACCUGUCAGGGUUUCGAAACCUCUUCCUCCGAUACCCGACGGGCCGGACACGCAACCGACGACGAUGUACAAUGCGAUCUCCAUUGGAUUCCCGAAGAGGCCGAGGCAUCGGCUGAGUGAGGGAAAAGCCCACCCAUCACUGGAUGCGCAGCGGUCGUUGCCAGAUGGGCUUUUCAAGGAUAAAAUCCCCCUCGCUGCGGAUAUGUUGCCGAGCUUCAACUGGGGCGGCGUGUCGCUCAAGUAUUUCUUCGAGGUAUCAGUUUUGGUUGGCCAAGAUGAGCUGCAGGCCAAAAUUCUGUUGCGCAUCACAUAAUGCCCGUUGACUGAGCAUGAUAUGUAUAAUUUAUUUAUUUUCGUCUCGCCAUGCCUAUUUAAUCAUGUAGUAAUCCGUUGUCUAUCAAGUACACCCGGCUUGUUUGGGCCAGGAGGACUGGCUACAUAGUAAACACUUUCGUUGCUGAAAUCAAA